GCAAUUGGAGGACGAGGCCUGCCCAUAAUCCAAAGAGGCUUGCCCAGAGGAGGACUGCGUGGGGGACGUGCCACCAGAACCCUGCUUAGGGGCGGGAUGUCGCUCCGAGGUCAAAACCUGCUCCGAGGCGGACGAGCCGUAGCUCCCCGAAUGGGCUUAAGAAGAGGUGGUGUUCGAGGUCGUGGAGGUCCUGGGAGAGGGGGCCUAGGGCGUGGAGCUAUGGGUCGUGGCGGAAUCGGUGGUAGAGGUCGGGGUAUGAUAGGUCGGGGAAGAGGGGGCUUUGGAGGCCGAGGCCGAGGCCGUGGACGAGGUAGAGGUGCCCUUGCUCGCCCUGUAUUGACCAAGGAGCAGCUUGACAACCAACUGGAUGCAUAUAUGUCGAAAACAAAAGGACACCUGGAUGCCGAGUUGGAUGCAUACAUGGCGCAGACAGAUCCUGAAACCAAUGAUUGAAGCCUGCCCACCUUCCUGUGAGAGACUCUUGUUAAAAAGUCAUCACAUCUGUAAAUAACCUAGAAAUGACAGAUGAUAAGAAACCAGAUUGUUGCUGGAUGGACCUAUCACAAUAGGCUAUGGACUUACCUGUUACCAGUUUGUGCAUUUAGUGUGUUCCUUUUACUUUUUGAUACUGUGUUAUAUGAAACCUUUUUCUCCCCUUGAUUUUUUUCCCCCCUCUACCCAGACUUCUCUUUGAACAUGAAUGCGUUAGCCUUGGGGCUAGAACACCCUCUUCCUACCUCUGCCUCCCCCUGCCUCCCCUCACCUGUCAUAUUCUCUGACAUACUAACAUUUCUUCUGUUCAUCUGUACCCCCACAAAAAGGUCCCAGAAAGAUCCAGUCAGCGUUCCUUCCUUUGCCAAGGUUUCUCAGAGUUGUGUUCUAUAUUCUCUUUAAUAGCAUCUUAGAAGUGUUUAGAAAGUCUGGAGCUCAAAAAUGCAUUCUGCCACAUUGAUAACUUAGUGUAAGAAAUUAAGAACGUUGAUAUCACUACAGAUUACAUUUGGUGGCAGUUCUGAUUUCAUUGAAGUUGCUACCAUGUGUGUUGACACCACAUGGAUGAUAACUAGAAUGCCAGAUUUAAUACUUGCACUUUUACCCUUGUAUGAGAUUUACAAACUUUUCUCUUGGCUUUCUAUCAUGUCCACAGGGGUAUUAUUGGGCUUGCUUACAUCCACAAUCUAGAGGAAGAACCAUUUGGUUUAGCAGAUUUGUCAGAAGGGAGAAGGAUGAGAGAAUGAUCAUAGACAGCUGGGAGGAAUUGAAAGAUACUCAUGCUCAAAUGCAGUUAUCCUGGUGUUUAUUCCAAACCAGUCUAGGGCUUUCCCAUUCACUGGAUUUGUUUGGCCUUUUUCUUAUUUCUCUUAAAGGUUAACUAAGUUCAGCCAUAUUCUGUCAACUGUUCCAGUUUCAGUGGAAAUUUGUACUUCUGGUUCAUUAUAACAAAUUGUUCUCUCAUAUCCAACCUAGACUUUCUGUUUAUCUCUGGGGCUCCUUACAAUGCUAUGGCUACUUUAAUGGUGUCUUGAUAAACCCCUUUUCUAGAUGAA